CAUGAUCCUCCUCGGGACUGUGCUCGCGCUUCUCUUCUCAGGUGUGUUGCCAUUAUCAGCACCAGUCUUCCCCUUCCGUCCCUCCCCCAUUGACUGUGUUGAAGCCCAUCGAGUGUGCUCCGCUGAUCCACGGUGCGAGGCGCUAUACCGGGGCUUGGAUCUGUGUGCGGCCGAUGCAGCGAUGUCCCCACUGGGGGAGCAGGUGGCUGCUGAGUGCCUGGAGAGACAGGAUGCUCUGCUGGCUAAACACCCCGCUCUCUUGGCCUGCAAGUGCCAGCGCGGACAUCGCAGGGAGGAGCAGUGCUUGCGCAUAUACUGGCGGGUUCGCCUGCUGCCAGGGGAAGAUGAGCUGGACAUAUCUCCCUAUGAUGAUACACUAAUUGAUACUCGCAUGGCCUCUUUAGUGGCAGCCUCAUCUUUCAUGCAACUAGAUGGUGAGAACCAGUGCUUGAAGGCAGCACAGGACUGCGGCUUGUAUGAGAAGUGUGGCUCUCUGCGAUCCGAGUAUGUUUUAGCCUGCACCAAACGGGUACCCGCGACCACCAGAUGCAACCAGCACAAGUGUCACCGGGCCUUGCGGCGCUUUCUGGAGCGGGUGCCUGAGGAGUACAGCCUGGGUGUCCUGUUCUGCCCCUGCACCAACACCCUAUGUGGUGAGAGGAGGAGGAAAACCAUUGUACCCUCCUGCUCCUAUCAGGAGAUGGAGGGUCUGCAACCUAACUGCCUCCACCAGCAGAGCUUCUGCCGCCGAGAUGACCUCUGCAGGUCCAGACUGGCUGAUUUCGUUUAUAACUGCCAGCCAUCUACUCUGUCGGCCACCGGCUGUCUGAAGGACUCAGCAGGCCUGUGCCUCCGAGCCUACGCUGGACUUAUUGGAACCAUCAUGACCCCCAAUUACAUCAGCAACAACUCUGCAGACGUGUCACUGUGGUGCAACUGUGAAGGCAGUGGCAACCAGUGGCAAGACUGUCUGAGACUGCAGCGCAUGUUCACCCACAACAGCUGUCUGCGUAACUCUAUCAGUUGGAUGGGGAGCCCCGGCACCCUGCCUGCAGACAUCACCCCCCCUCCUGCUCCCAGGCCCUCCCCGCUGGUUCAGGAGGAUGAGCUGCUGAGCAACAACCACCUGCCUGAGCACAACAACAUCGUGGUGGAGAGUGAGGAAGAGGAAGAGCUGACGCAAACGGAGGAGGAGACCGAUGAAGGUGGCCAGUUUGACGUCAUCCCGCUGUACUCCGAGAAGGCCACCGUCUCCAACCUGGGCUCCUCUGGGACAGGUGGGGCUGCAUCCCUCAACACUGGCCCUCCUAAAGUCAUACUACUGCUCCUCCUGCUCCUGUCUGCCUCCCUCAGCUGGGGCUAGAACAGAGGAGUUAGAGAAGACACACA